AUGCAGAUUAGCCUUGUAGAACGGACACAGCAGAUCCAAGUUGAAGAGUUAGAAAUAGCACGCCGUCAGCGCCAGCUAGAAGCGACUAUACGUAAGCCGGCCGAAGCAGAACGCUAUCGGCUGGAGCAGUUGGCCGAAGCAGAUCGAAAACGUCGAGUAGCUGAGGCUGAAGCUGAAGCCGAGGUGGUGCGUUCCAGAGGCUUGGCUGAGGCUGAGGCAAUAUCCGCGAUGGCCAAGGCGGAGGCAGAGCUAAUGAAAUGCAAAGCAGAAGCUUGGGAGGCAUAUAAGGUUACUUUUUCUCCUUAA